AAUAUUGUCAGCGCAGAUGUGGUUUUUACUUUUCACGUGUGUACGUCACCGUAUUCAUUUUGGCAGCACUGCUAAUCAGCUGUUUUGAGAUGACAGCUGAUGCAGUCAUCAUCCAGCAUCCAUCCAGUGCGUUGUACGACGCGAUUCGCAAUGUAGUGAUCAAAGUAUCGUGUUAGGUAUCUUACUCUAAGAAGAAAAAUAAUAAUUGCCGAAAUAUGGCCACAAGGAAUUUGACAGAGCCCUUCGUUUUGAUGCGAAACAACGCUCUGCAGACCAGACACAUCUACGCCGAACAGAGUCUUACCGAUCGCGUGGCACUGGUGGACUCGGACUCCGGUGGCUCCGACAAUGUCGAACUGAAAGGUGUAUGCACGGACAGCGGUGCACCGCCUAUCUGGGCGGAUGCCUUGGAAGAGACGCAGUACGUCUUGAGCAGAUUGCGUGUGAAAAUAGAUAGCUUAAUCGAGUUGCACUCCAAGCAACUCACCAGGCCCACCUUGGAUGAUACGUCUCAGGAAGAAAGACAAAUGGAACAAUUGACACGAGAGAUUGGACGUACAUUCUCUAAUGGAUAUAGACAAGUACAAACAAUAAAGUCAGCUGGAAGGCAUGAAACUAAGCCUGCUGAACGUCGUUUAGCUGCUAGUGCAGUAAUGGCCCUUUCAACUGCUUUACAGGAAUUAGGUCUUCGAUAUAGAGCAGCGCAGAAUCAUUACUUGACACAAGUGAAAUCGAGAGAAGAAAGGAAUAGUCUGUUCUUUGCAGAAGAUCAGUCUCUUUUAAAUAAUGUAGCAACUGAUUCUUGGUUGACAGAAUCAAAUGAAGCAACUGCCGAUUACUGGCAGAGAAAUGAGCAAAGACAGGACUCGGUUUUAUUGCAAUUAGAGGAACCUGAAGAUAGAAUGAAAUUAGCAUUGGAAAGGGAAGAACAAAUUGGAAGUAUAGUUCAAAGUAUAGGAGACUUAAAACACAUUUUCAAGGAUCUUGCAGUAAUGGUAGAAGAUCAGGGUACUAUUUUAGAUCGGAUUGACUAUAACAUCGAGCAAACGCAAGUGCAAGUACAUGAGGGUUAUAAACAAUUAAAAAAAGCUGAUUCAUAUCAAAAGGCUAAUAAAAAAUUGUACUGCAUUGUUAUUCUUGCGGCUUCUAUUAUAUUGCUUAGUUUUCUGUUUAUUAUAUUUAAAACAUAGAAGGUACUUAUAAUUAAAAUAAAUGUAAAAAUAUUGAUACACUUGUUGGUGUUUAUCGUGUUCCACAAAAAAAAAAUUAAAAUAUCUUUAUAAAAUCUGUUAUAAUGAUGGAAGCUAUUUUUUAUUAAGACAAUAUAUGCAGUCUUUUCUCAGAUGUUAAACCAACAAGGAGAUAUGUAUUCUAAGAUUAUGGCAGAUUUCUGUUUAUUUUAUUUGUUCCCGAAUUAAUCUAUAAGAAACAUUAAACUAUGAAUGUGGCAUUA